AUGAUCCCUAUGCCUGACAAACCAGUCAGCAUUGAGAACCUACGCCCGAUUUCUCGCACCUCGUGCGUGGGAAAGCUGCUCGAACGUAUGGUGCACGACCGUCUAAUCCAGUACCUGGAAGAUAGUGGACACUUACCGAACGCCAUGUUCGGCUUCAGGCAGCAUCUUUUGACGCACAACGUGCUCUUACUACUCAAAGAAGACCUCCUUGGUCACUUCACCCAUCGAAGAAAGUACUUCAUACUCGGAGUCGACGUCAAGGCGGUCUUCGAUAAAAUCAGUCACGACGCGAUCCUCAACAACAUCGAAGGCAUUGGCUGCGGCAUUAGAACAUCAACGUACGUCAGAAACUUUCUGAUGGACCGUACGGCAACCGUGGGCUUAUGCAACAUCCACAGCAAAAGCUUCUGA